UUUUCAUGGACAGUACGCACACCCUUAGCGGUUCGGAGGUGUCUUCUGUUUUCCGGUAGCGCUCCGCUGCACGGACAAAUGCAGACAAAUGCAUUUAGGAGCUCACAGGACAAGGCGUGGAAAGGUCUCCCCCACCGCGAAAACGAAACUGAUUCUUCAUUUUAUUGUACUAUGUGUGGCUUGGAUUACUGUUCACACACAAGAACAAGGCAUAGAUAUCCUUCAUCGACUAGGCCUUGGAGACAAAGACGUAAGAUACUCAUCACCAGUGACUGCUGGUCCACUGUCAUCCACACCAUUACCUCAGGGGGUCUAUUUAACAGAAUCAGGUGUCAUUUUAACAAAUGAUGCUUAUAUUGAGUCACCUCUCAUGAACAUUUUGCCAGUCAGCUUACAACAGCCAUUUACCAUACUGAUUGGGUUACAGUCACAUAGAGUGAACAAUGCUUUUCUCUUCAGCAUUAGAAAUAAAAACAGGCUGCAAUUGGGAGUGCAGUUGUUGCCUAAGAAGUUAACGGUGCAUGUUGGAGGAAAGCAGUCGGUAACUUUCAACUACAGUGUUCACGAUGAGCAAUGGCACUCACUUGCCAUCACUAUUAGAAACCAAGUUGUCUCCAUGCUUGUUGGGUGUGGAGAGAAACAUUUUAGCAGCGAGACUAUUUCAGCAGCUCAGACCUUUGACUCUAAGAGUGUGCUGACCUUGGGAAGUAUGAUGAAUAACUCUGUCCACUUCGAAGGAAUCGUAUGUCAGCUGGAUGUCAUUCCUUCCAUGGAAGCAUCUGCCGACUAUUGCCGAUAUGUGAAACGGCAGUGUCACCCCACAGACAGAUAUCACCCUGAUACCAGCCUUCCUCACACGCCUGUCAUUCCAGCCGAGGGAUCCAGACACUCUGGUUUGCCCAAAAGAUUUGGUGAAACAAAACUUUCAGAGAACACACUGACUGAAGGCAAAAGCAUUCAAAGUAUUGGAAAUAAUGAUUCUGCAGUGGUGCGUACCAGACAGGAACACCAGGAAUCGAGAUCUGAGUUAACUUCCCUUCACUUGGGUAACACCUCCACAAUGAAUCUCACGAACGAUGGGAUGCAUGCCGAACAAAUCGUCGCUGAGGAACGUACAGAGACAAACCUAAGCCUGUCAAUGACCCAUCAUCGCCUCAGCGAGGCAAGCUUGAACAUGGAGGGGAGACUUAGCUCUUCUCUAAACGAAUCAGGCAACAUCACACAACAUGAUGGUGACCUCAUGGGUCUCCUUAGGAUGUCAGCUAGCCUUGCACAUACAGGCCAAGAUCCAAUGACUGGUCUCAAGAAGGCAGUCACAGCAAACCUACAUACCAAUGAACUCAUGGAAAUGGAACAAAUUUUGAACAUGAGCUUGUACAGAGUGACAGAUGGGCUGUCUGUAGACGAUCACUUUGAACUAAGGAAGGAAGGUGAAUUUUACCCUACUGCUGCUUACCCCAUCGAAAAUAGCUAUGACAGUGAGCUUUAUGAUUAUUACUAUUACGAAGAUUUUAAUACAAUGCUUGAAAUGGAGUAUCUGAGAGGGCCAAAAGGGGACACUGGACCUCCUGGUCCACCUGGUCCAGCAGGUAUUCCAGGCCCGCCAGGAAAGAGAGGUCCUCGGGGAAUACCAGGACCACAUGGGAAUCCCGGGUUACCUGGACCCCCAGGUCCAAAGGGCCCCAAAGGAGACCCAGGAUUUUCCCCAGGUCAAGCUGCUUCAGGAGAAAAGGGUGAUCUUGGUUUUUCUGGAUUAAUAGGACCCCCUGGUUUGCAAGGUGAAAAGGGUCUCAAAGGACAUCCAGGGCUUCCGGGACUCCGUGGUGAACAAGGACUUCCAGGAUUCUCUGGUAAUAUUGGCUCACCUGGCUACCCUGGCAGGCAGGGAUUAGCUGGACCAGAAGGCAAUCCAGGUCCUAAAGGUGUAUGGGGUUUUAUUGGUCCUCCUGGAGAAGCAGGACAACCUGGACCUGAAGGAGAAAGGGGCAUUCCUGGGAUCCGUGGGAAGAAGGGCAUAAAGGGAAGACAGGGUUUUCCAGGAGACUUUGGAGAGAGGGGCCCUGCUGGUCUAGAUGGCAGUCCUGGACUUGUAGGUGGCAUUGGUCCUCCAGGAUUUCCUGGGCUUAGAGGCAGUGUUGGUUCCGUGGGACCAAUUGGACCAUCUGGGAUUCCUGGCCCAAUGGGCCUUUCAGGGAAUAAAGGGCCACCUGGAAUCAAAGGUGAUAAGGGUGAGCAAGGCAUUGCAGGAGAGCCAGGAGAGCUGGGAUAUCCUGGAGACAAGGGUACUACUGGUUUGCCAGGACCACCAGGGCUAAGAGGAAAGCCAGGACCUUCAGGCCAACCAGGUGACCCAGGACCCCAGGGACCAUCUGGCCCUCCAGGACCAGAGGGUUUUCCAGGAGAUAUUGGGAUUCCUGGGCAAAAUGGCCCUGAAGGAACAAAGGGACUCUUUGGAAGUCGAGGGCCUCCUGGGCCUCCUGGUCUCAAAGGAACUCAGGGAGAAGAAGGACCAGUUGGACCAUUUGGAGAACCGGGGCCAAGAGGAAAACCAGGUCGCAAAGGGUAUAUGGGUGAACCAGGACCAGAAGGCUUAAAGGGAGAAGUAGGAGAUCAAGGAGAUACUGGAAAAAUUGGAGAAACAGGACCUAUUGGCUUACCUGGAGAAGUAGGAAUAACUGGAAGCAUUGGUGAAAAGGGCGAGCGUGGAAGUCCAGGCCCAUUGGGUCCCCAGGGGGAAAAAGGUGCAAUGGGAUAUCCAGGUCCUCCAGGGAUUCCAGGACCCAUGGGUCCACUGGGAUUACCUGGUCUUGUCGGGCCAAGAGGGUUGCCUGGGAGUCAAGGUCCCAAAGGACAAAGAGGACCACGAGGAUCAGAUGGUCUCCCGGGGGAACAAGGUAUACAAGGUGCCAAGGGUGAAAAAGGAAAUCAAGGAAAAAGAGGGCCUCACGGUCUCAUUGGUAAGACUGGAAACCUUGGAGAGAGAGGAGCUCAAGGGAAACCAGGCACACAGGGACUCCCUGGAAGUGCAGGAGACAGGGGCCUUGCAGGAGAACCAGGACCACGAGGACCACCAGGCGAUGCUGGACCUCCUGGUGAAAUGGGAGUGGAGGGACCUCCAGGCAUUGAGGGAGAAGCUGGUCUGCAAGGAGAACCAGGUGCCAAGGGAGAUGCUGGACCCAUGGGCAGUGUUGGAACAGCUGGGGAACCAGGAUUACGAGGCGAGCCAGGUGCUCCUGGAGAAGAAGGUCUCCAAGGAAAAGAUGGCUUAAAGGGGACCCCAGGAAGAAGAGGUCUUCCUGGAGAAGAUGGAGAAAAAGGAGAGAUGGGCUUACCAGGAAGUACAGGACCCUUGGGUAUACCGGGUCCAAUGGGACUUCUAGGUGUAGAAGGAACUGUGGGAACUCCAGGACAAAGAGGUCGUCCAGGAAAAAAGGGUGAAAAAGGACAAACAGGAAGCCCAGGAGAAAUUGGCGGCAGAGGUGCUCCUGGUCAAGCUGGGGAAAGUGGUCCUAAAGGUGCCAGAGGAAGUAGAGGUGCUGUGGGUCCUUUGGGAUUGAUGGGACCUGAUGGAGAACCAGGAAUCCCAGGAUAUAUGGGGCAUCAAGGUCAACCAGGUCUGUCUGGGUUGCCAGGACCCAAAGGAGAAAAGGGUUACCCAGGAGAAGAUAGCAAAGCCCUAGGACCCCCCGGGCCUCGAGGUGAACCAGGCCUGAUGGGGGCACAAGGAGAGAGAGGAGAGCCUGGUGCAGAAGGAUAUAAGGGUCAGGCUGGUGUACCAGGACUAAGAGGUCCCCCUGGACAACAAGGGUCCCCAGGCGAACCAGGUGAGCCAGGUGAACACGGACCGAAAGGAGAGCGAGGAUCUGAGGGCCCUCAGGGAAAGAAAGGAGCCCCUGGUCCUCCUGGGAAACCUGGCGCUCCUGGGCUUCCAGGCCUUCCUGGGCAGAAAGGUCCACAAGGAUAUCAUGGAGUAGGUGGCCUUUCAGGAAACCCUGGAAAAGCUGGGUCACCCGGAAAGCAGGGACUGCCUGGUAUCAAAGGUAGCCCGGGAAGUGCAGGACUGGCUGGCUCUCCAGGUCCCCAAGGAGCAAAGGGCUUAUCAGGUCUACCAGGAAGCCCUGGAGCCCCGGGCCCAAAGGGUGAGCAAGGGCUACCUGGUCAACCUGGAAUUCAAGGUAAAAGAGGUCCCCGAGGAUCACAAGGGGACCAAGGACCACAUGGAGAACCUGGUCUGAAAGGGCAGCCCGGGGAACAUGGUGAUCGAGGUUUAACAGGAUUCCAAGGAUUCCCAGGCCCCAGAGGCCCUGAGGGGGAUCCUGGCAUUGCUGGAAUAUCAGGUCCUAAGGGUCCUACUGGACAGAGAGGAUACACUGGCCCUCUUGGCAGAGAAGGGAUAAUAGGCCCAACAGGUAGAACUGGACCCAGAGGUGAAAAGGGCUUUAGAGGUGAAACUGGUCCUCAAGGGCCAAGGGGUCAACCAGGACCUCCGGGACCCCCGGGAGCACCAGGUCCAAGAAAACAAAUGGAUAUCAACGCUGCUAUUCAAGCCUUGAUUGAAUCCAAUACUGCCCUACAGAUGGAGAGUUAUCAGAACACUGAAGUGAUGCUCACAGACCACAGUGCAGAGAUAUUCAAAACCCUGAGCUACCUUAGCAUUUUAGUACGCAGCAUCAAGAAUCCUCUCGGCACGCGAGAUAACCCAGCACGAAUCUGCAAAGACUUGCUCAACUGUGAACACAAAGUUUCAGAUGGAAAAUACUGGAUUGAUCCAAAUCUUGGAUGCUCUUCAGAUGCCAUUGAAGUUUUCUGCAACUUUAGUGCUGGGGGCCAGACAUGUUUAUCUCCUAUUUCUGUGACAAAUUUGGAGUUUGGAGUUGGGAAAGUCCAAAUGAACUUCCUUCAUUUACUGAGCUCAGAAGCCACCCAUAUUAUCACCAUUCACUGUCUAAACACCCCAAGGUGGACAAGUGGUCCAGGAUCGUCCAUUAGUUUCAAAGGAUGGAAUGGUCAGAUGUUUGAAGAAAACACUCUACUUGAACCUAAAAUACUUUCAGAUGACUGCAAGAUUCAAGAUGGCAACUGGCAUAAGGCGACUUUCCUUUUUCACACCCAGGAUCCUCAUCAGCUUCCAGUGACUGAAGUUCAAAAACUUCCGCAUCUCCAAACUGAACGGAAGCAUUACCUCGAAAGCAGUCCCGUCUGCUUUCUCUAGAGGCUCACCCAAAUGCGAUUGCUGCAGAGGGGAAAUGAGGACAGAAAGAGGAGAUGCAUGGAAUAAAGGAACCUGCUAAACUUAAAGAAUCUCAGGCAGAAAAGACUUCCUCCUAAGAAGGGGAAAAGGCAUUUUCACAGAACUAUGAUCGAUGAUGUAUUUUGAAUUCCUUAAAAAUGUUUGCUGAUGUGAGGGUUUUCUUAAAGAAUGUCCUUGAACUGAAAAUGUGCACACUUGGAAUUCUUCAGGGUAUGCCCUGUAUUUUUUGGACUAAGAGUGAAGUACCCAUUAAGACAGCUGGAGAAGCAGGGCACUGUGGAGCACGGCUGGCUAAUGCUCCCAAGGGUGCAAUGUUUCUGUCUAAAAAUUGCAAGCCACAGUUUGAUAUGUCUUGUUUUCCCAAACACGUAGCUGUAUUCCGGUCCCCAGUGGGCAUAUACAUCCUAGCCGGUGGUAUACUACCUCUUACGUUGUGCCUUUUUUGUCUUGCUUGGUGCUCUUUCUAAAAACAAGGUGCUUGUGGCUUUCAUACAAUAUUUUAUUUUUUAUUUUUUUCAUCUUUGUUAUGAAGAGUGUAUGUACUGGUUACAUCAAGAUAUGUUGUGAUUGUUAAUACUUAUUUUAAUUUGUCUGGUCACAUACUUAAUAACAAGUAAAACAAUUAUUUAUGUAAACACCCUUGUUUUAUUUUAAAAUUCUCUUUGUGCAUAUGAAACCACAGCCAGCAUGUUGUAACCUGUGCAUAUGCACGAGAGAAUUUGGUUUUUGUUUUAUAUUUUUAAAUUGUUGUAAAAAAUUGGCUUUGUGGCUUACUUGGUUAAAGUGCCUGUCUCAUAAAAUUGUUGUAAAAAAUAUAUUAGGCCAAGUACACCCUACGUUAGGUUUGGUUUAGAAAUUGGGGAUUGUGAUAUACUGUUUAAAACUUCAUGAUCAUCUGGAAUGAUACUCUGUGUGUGUAUAUAUAUUGUGUAAAAUUAUAAUUCAGCAAAUCUUUUUGAAAUUGCUGCUGUUUUAAAUUAUAAAAACUUUAUAUUUCUGCUUUGUGGAAAAUACACAUCUUCACAGUA